GGUGCGUAGAGGAAGGAGGAGGCGUGAACAGUCCUGGGCCCUCCUCAGCUUUACAAAGUGUUUUGAGUGAGGGCUAAUUACAGAACCAAUUGGGAACGGCCCCGCAACCGUUACCAGUCCUGGGUUUAUAAGGUUCGAGGCGAUCCGGCAGCUGGAAGAGGGGCUCCUGAGACUCAGAGCAGGCCCUAAUCGGCUCUUGGACUACAUUUCCCAGAAGCCUUCACGUCUUGGACGGGUCCUCUGCUGGCGGAAGGGGGAUUCCUUCUGAGAGGCGGCCGUAGAGGGCGGGAGAGGAGAGCAGACUCAGCAGGCAUGACUGGAGAGGGAAGUCCCAAUGGUGCUAGAAUGGUGCUGCAGUGGCAGAAGACGGCUCACGAGUGAGGUCUGGAAGAACGACAGGGAAGACAUCCAUCAUUUGCUCCAAAGUGUGCAAGUCAGAUCCUGGGGAGAAUCAUGAUAACCCUGAUCACUGAGCAGCUACAGAAGCAGACUCUGGAUGAGCUGAAAUGCACACGCUUCAGCAUCAGUCUGCCUCUGCCUGAUCAUGCAGACAUCUCCAACUGUGGGAACCCUUUCCAGCUUGUGUCUGAAGGUGCUUCCUGGAGGGGCCUGCCCCACUGUUCCUGUGCUGAAUUCCAGGACAGCCUCAACCUCAGCUACCACCCCUCAGGCUUGAGCCUGCACCUCAGACCACCCAGCCCGGGAAGUUCCCCACAGGAGCAGCCCCUCUCCCAAGUCCUAAGCCCUGAACCCCCAGACCCAGAGAAGCUUCCUGUGCCCCCUGCCCCUCCAUCCAAGAGGCACUGCCGCUCACUCUCAGUGCCCGUGGACCUGUCUCGCUGGCAGCCGGUGUGGCGGCCCGCCCCCUCCAAGCUGUGGACUCCCAUCAAGCACCGGGGCAGUGGUGGAGGGGGUGGGCCGCAGGUGCCUCACCAGAGCCCCCCAAAGCGGGUCUCCAGCCUCAGGUUCCUCCAAGCUCCCAGUGCCUCUUCUCAGUGUGCCCCGGCCCACAGACCCUAUAGUCCCCCUUUCUUCAGCCUGGCCCUGGCCCAAGAUUCCUCUCGACCCUGUGCCACCUCCCCACAAAGUGGCUCCUGGGAGAGUGAUGCUGAGUCCCUGUCACCUUGCCCGCCCCAGCGCCGCUUCUCCCUGUCACCCAGCCUGGGCCCGCAGGCAAGCCGCUUCUUGCCCUCUGCCCGGAGCUCCCCUGCCUCCUCCCCAGAGCUGCCCUGGCGACCUCGAGGCCUCCGCAGUCUUCCCCGCAGCCGCUCACAACCCUGUGAUCUGGAUGCCCGCAAAGCUGGAGUCAAGCGGCGCCACGAGGAGGACCCCCGGCGGCUGCGGCCUUCUUUGGACUUUGACAAGAUGAAUCAGAAACCAUACUCAGGAGGUCUCUGUCUCCAAGAAGCAGCCCGGGAAGGCAGCAGCAUUUCUCCACCGUGGUUCAUGGCCUGUAGCCCCCCACCCCUCUCUGCUUCCUGCAGCCCCAUUGGGGGUUCCUCCCAGGUGCUGAGUGAAAGCGAAGAGGAGGAGGAGGGGGCCGUGCGGUGGGGGCGGCAGGCACUGAGCAAGCGGACACUGUGCCAGCAGGACUUUGGGGACCUGGACUUGAAUCUAAUUGAGGAGAACUAAAACUGAGAGGCUACUUCCUGGGGCCACACAGACUGACUCUCUAUGGCUACUAACAAGUGUCGAGGCCCCAAGGCCGGGGGCCCAGCCUGGGAAUGGGGGUGAGUGGAGGGCUCCGACUCAGGGCAGCCGGAAAUCUUCUCGCUCCAGGAAGCUCGACCAUGCCAAGAGACUGGCCGGGACAAGAUAAACGGAGCUGGUGGCGGGAGGGACAGCCCCAGAGCAGACCCUUCCCAUGGCGGCCCUGAGUGUGAGUAUCCCUGCCACCGAGAAAGCAAUGGGCAGGGAAGGAAGGGGUCUGCUGACCCCAGCUCGGGGAAUUUCACUAGCCCCUUUGCUUCAAAGGGCACUUGUGUCUUAGAAUUUGGCCAGGGUGGGGGGUUCAUUCAGCCUCCUCGGAGAAAUUGUGUGAGAGUGUGUGCGUGUAUGGGAGUGUACUUGGGGAAAGGUGUGUUUGUGUAGCCUUAGGGAAGGAAGGCAGUUGCUCCUUAACAGCAGAGCAUCAUGAUCCCCCAGGAUCUUGAAUUUUCAUGGGAUCGCAGGCUUAUUCAAAAAGUCAAGAGGAGGGCACCAAGUUUUCCUUUUUUCUAAGUAGCUCUGGAACCAGGCUUAUAAUCCAUAAGCACCUCUGGUUCUGCAGAGGAUUAUCUUUGGGGUAUGGCAGGGUCUUUUAAGUGCUGUGACCCCAGCUAAUGGUCUUUUUCUUAGGCCCAUCCCCUCCCCUAGGUAGAUCUAAUAUUGGAACUGGAGAGGGCUCUUUACAUUGAUUCUGAGCUGGCCUUUUUUCCUCAUCAGAUUGCAUAGGCUGUAUACAACUUGCCUUUGUCUCUAAGUAGAUGUAAGCGCAUGUGGGCAACUGAGGCAGAGUUGGAGGGGCUCCAUCUUCCUCUUUCCCUCUCUACUGAUGGGACUCCCCCCCCCCCCACUCUCUGAGCUUCAAGGGUCAAGAACAUGGAGGGAAGGCCGUGUGUAUUGGUCCCCAUUAUCUGAGGCCCACCUGCUGCAGAAGUGGCAUUCCGUGCCCAGUAAGCAUGGGUAAGCUUAUCCCAGUGCUGCCCUUUGGAAGCAGACUAUAGGGAAACCUGUUGUUAAAAGAUCCAGGCCUAACCUCUUUUCUGACCUGCUUGAGAAAGUGGAAAGGGAUGUCAGCAUUUACCAGUUUGCUUGUCUUCCAUUCCUGCCAGGAAAUGUUUAUUUGCCUCUAAUUGUACCUGAGAGACCUCAGGGAGGUUGGGGCUCACUGAGGGUUUGGCUGAGGAUGUGUAAAGCAAAGGCUAUGAGAAGCAGCUGGGAGUUUGUUGUUGUUGUUGGAUUGAAUUUGCUUUUUUUUUUUGUUUUGUUUCUCACCCAUAACUUGAGCCAGGGCAGCAGGUCCCAGUGGCUGCAGUGGUGGGUUUAAUGGCUGCCGGACCCUUAGGCCUGGCACCAGUGGAGAUACAUAUGGAAGCGGCCGCCAAAUAGCUUGUGAGGCUUUAUCCAGCUUUGGUUGACCCUGCACAACUGAAUUGGACCUGCCAUUCUGGUUUAUUGGAGGAAGGUCGUUCUCUUCAAUUUCCAGGGUGUCUUGGGAUCCAAUUCCUCAUGUUAGGGAAGAAGAUCAAAACCCACACGUUUUCUUCCUCAUGGAAUUGAACCUGUUACUUUCUUGGCUUCCCACAUGUUGGAUAGGAGCAUCACCGGGGCUGCAGUCUCCUCACCUCCACUCCUGAGGAUGUGGCCAUUUAUUCUUGAGCCUCUGGCUCUAAAGGUUCUACCCUUCCAAGGCUCUUCCCCUUCUCCUGCUAGUUACCAGGUAUUAUCAGUGAGCUACCAGGUCUGUAGGGGUCUGAAAGAGGCUCUCUGGAGAAUCCAGGGCAACUGUGAGCCCAGGAGUUGCCCAUCCUUGGUUUUAUCCCUCCCUUGGCUCUAAUCUUUCUUUAGGCCAUAAUUUCCCUGGUGCCAGCUUUUUUUCUCCUGGGGCAUCCUUAUCCCUGGGCUCUCUGCUGCAUAUUGGCUGUGCCAGCUUCCAGUAGGCCACUGGCAAGGCCAGUGGGGUCUCUGCAAGCCCUAAGCUGAAGAAGUGAGGGCAGUAAUCCUGCCUCUGCCGUGGCUUCCCCAAAGCCCCUAGGGGUGCGAUCCUUAGGGGAGAGGGUCUAUAGAUACCGUAUUUGAAUUCCAUUACUUUAAGAUCUGGAAAGUUAAACUAGUUGAAACGGUCAUCUUGCUUCCCAAUCUAAGCACCCAUGACCCUGGGACAAGCCUUUUCAAGAAGUGGUUCAUUUUGCUUUACACAGUAGAUCUGUUCCAACAGUUCUGUGUAAGCCAAAUACUAUUUUGUGAUGCAUUUGGACUGCUGACCAUUUAAAAGCAGCCUGUGUGAUUGCUUCUUUUGUAAAGCAAGCAACCUCCCUCUACUUUAGCUGUUUUGACUAUUCGGAUUUUCACAUAUUGGGCUUACCCAGAGUGGAGCACACCUUUACAGGGCUGUGGUUGACGCUGGGUAGACAUCUGCAUCUGUGUUGUGUGUGUGGUGUGGCUGACCAGUAGGUGAGUAUUCCUGCGUGUGUGAGUGAAGCCACUCCCAGGCUGGUGCUCUCCUCCUGUGCCCGGUGACUGCCCAGUGGCAGCUCCAGCUGCCCUUCACUCCCACCUGCUGCCAAAGUCCCUGUGCUAAUGGGAUUACAAAUACAAAAAGUGGAAAAAAAUUUUUCGUAAACUUUGUUUUAUAUUAAAAAAAUCCAUAAGUCUGUGUGUGUUAAACAUGAGGUCCUGCCUCUGUGGCUGUGUUUGAAAAAAUAAAGUUUUAUUAGAAUAAUUCCUUUUCCCAAGCAAUCUUGUGUACUCUAGUGUCUUCUUCCCUUCUCCACAAAGAAAGGCAAGGAGGAAGCAGGGAGAAGGCCACCUAACUCCAACAACCCCUUCCUCUAGGGCAUGGCUGGGCCUUCACCCUUUGAGGGUGGUAUCUGGUCCCUAGACCCUUCACGGCCAUGGCAGACAUAUCCUGUGGCCCAGGCUUGUGUUAAGGCCUUGGUUAUUUCUGGCAGUCUGAUUUGGUCUUUGUUGCCCUGGUACCUAUCUCCUCUUCCCUACGGUCACUCUCCCAGCAAGUUGAAGUCAAGUAUUUAUACAUUCUAGCUCCCUGAGAAAUGUCUGAUGGCCCAGUCAGGAACUUGUCUAGAUUGGUUUGUAGGCUUUAGGAAGUGGGGAGAAAGCAGGCCGAGAGAUUUGACUGGGAAUCUUUUUCUUUUUUAAGAGUUUUCACAUUUUAUACCCUGGAGAGAUGGAGAUUUAGUCAUCAGAAUUCAGAUUCCAAAGACCUAGGCAAUUUCUCCAUUCUAAAAAUACUGCUUUUGGAAAAUUAUCCUAACAGCAGAGCUUCUCUUUUGCCCUAGAAGUUGGUAUUUUCCAUAGUGCUUCAAUUUGGGAUGUUCGUGUGUUCAGGGAAGCUGUGUGGUUCACUCUCUUUAGACAUUGCUAUUCCACCCUUUUCCCUAUGUUAGCAUUCUUCCAGUUUGUGUGGGUGAAAUUUAGUUGCUUAGAGAUCCAGGCAGGAAGGAGCCUCUGUCCCUAAGGCAUAGCCUUUCUUUACCAGUUGUGGUGCUGACUUGCCAGGCACAAGAAGAGUCAAGUUGCUUAGCCUCCGUCCCAGUUUCCUGCUUCAAAUUUGUGGCACUCAUCUUUGAAUACCAAUGAAGUGUGCAGGAGGACAGGAUUGGCUUGAUAACCUGGAGCAGGAGCCUUUGAGGGGAUGAAAAUACACUCCAAAAAGAGUGGGGGUUGUCACCUGCCCCACAAACAAAGGAGGGGCUUUGAGGAGGGUGGGGCUUUGGCAUGUGGUUAAAGAAGGCUCAGUAUUAAAAGUUUUUUCUUUCUUUAAAA